AUGGUGCUCUUAGAAAUGAGAAAGAGGCUCAACAAGCGCGAGAGGAUCGGGGAGCUCGGCGCGCCCGAAGUCUGGGGGCUCUCGCCCAAGGUCCCUGACCCCGAUUCUGAUGAGCAUACCCCUGUAGAAGACGAAGAGGCAAAAUCUAAGAGCAGUUCUUCGGAUUCCAGCUCAGAAGAGGAGAAAAGGAAGAAGAAGAAGAAAAGGAAGAAGAAAAAACAAAAGGCAUCCAAAAGAAAACGCAGAAAACAUUCUGAGGACAGCGACAGCGAGUCGGAGUCAGACUCUAGUGAAGAAGAUAAGAAGAAAAGCAAAAAGAAGAGGAAGAAGCACAGAAAAAAGAAGUAUAAGAAAAAGAAAAAUAGAAAGAGCAGGAAGGAAUCCAGUGAUUCAAGCAGUGAAGAUUCAGAUGAUGAAACAUUUCAAGGAGAAGAUCUCUGGAUUGAGAGAUCAAAAAAUACAGAAGCUGACAGCCUCAUUGGGCCAGAGGCUCCCAAAACACAUGCGUCUCAAGAUGACAGACCUCUUAACUAUGGACAUGCCCUACUGCCUGGUGAAGGUGCAGCAAUGGCAGAGUAUGUGAAAGCAGGAAAACGUAUACCCCGGAGAGGUGAAAUUGGCUUGACCAGUGAAGAGAUUGCAUCGUUCGAGAGCUCUGGCUAUGUAAUGAGUGGUAGCAGGCAUCGCCGAAUGGAGGCCGUGCGUCUGCGUAAAGAGAACCAGAUUUACAGCGCCGAUGAAAAGAGAGCUCUGGCAUCCUUCAACCAGGAGGAGAGAAGGAAACGAGAGAAUAAGAUCCUUGCAAGCUUUCGCGAGAUGGUCUACAGGAAGACGAAGGGCAAAGACGACAAAUAAUUCUUUUUUUGAACUACACAGCAUGGAUUCUAGCAAGCAGCAGCUAACCUGUUCCAGUCAUGAUUUGAAAACAGCUUGCAAGUGCUGCAGUGCCUUUGACCCAAGGUGGCCAAGCCUCAGGAAUGGAUUACUUGAACGAAAAAGGGCAGUUAUCUUUAUCAGAUUUUCUUGGAUGGUUUGUUCACUAUCUGCAGGGAAUCCACUAAAGAGAAAGGCUGCGAGGCGCAGGAACAGGCAGGGAAGGUUUAAGGUGGGAAUGCUCUGUGUUUACUUUGAAUUGGACAUUCAGAAGCAUGCGUUGGGAGGGUUUUAUGACCUGCUGCUGAUACUGAUA